AUGCCGGCCGGUGCACGACGAACGCCCUCGCGGAAGGGUUCCAUGGCCGAUGUGCCAAAGGAUCUGCUGGAUCAAAUCAACAAGCUCGAGGAUCUUUUCAUCGUAGACACCCAGAAGCUCAAGGAAGUAACCGAUCAGUUCGUGUCCGAGCUGCGACGAGGUCUUGGCCAGGACGAUGCCACAAUCCCCAUGAACCCGACUUGGUGCAUGGCCUUUCCCGACGGCAACGAAACCGGCACUUUCCUCGCCCUCGAUAUGGGUGGAACCAACCUACGUGUCUGCGAAGUUACCCUCACCGAAGAGAAGGGCGAAUUUGACAUCAUACAAUCCAAAUACCGCAUGCCCGAAGAGCUGAAGACGGGCACGGCAGACGAGCUAUGGGGCUAUGUCGCGGAUUGCCUGCAGCAAUUCAUCGAAUAUCACCAUGGCGACGAAAAGAUCGAGCAGUUGCCGCUCGGUUUUACGUUCUCCUACCCUGCAACGCAGAACCACAUUGAUCACGGUAUCCUGCAGCGCUGGACGAAGGGUUUUGAUAUUGAUGGCGUAGAGGGGAAGGAUGUCGUUCCGCCUUUCGAAGCUGCUCUCGCCGAACGUGGGUUACCCAUCAAGCUCACUGCACUUGUCAACGAUACCACGGGCACCAUGAUCGCUUCCGCGUACACGGACCCCCUUAUGCGCAUUGGCUGCAUCUUCGGCACCGGUUGUAAUGCCGCCUAUAUGGAAGACUGUGGCUCCAUUCCCAAGCUUGCGCACAUGAACCUUGAUCCCUCCCUUCCAAUGGCCAUCAACUGCGAAUACGGCGCCUUCGACAACGAGCACAAGGUUCUUCCUCGUACCCCCUAUGACAUCAUUAUCGACAAGGAAUCUCCCAGACCUGGUCAACAAGCCUUUGAGAAGAUGAUCGCCGGUCUCUACCUUGGUGAGAUUUUCCGUCUUGUUUUGCUCGACUUGCAUCAAAGCCAGGAGUGCGAGGUGUUUGCGGGUCAGGAUAUCAACAAGCUUAAGAAAGCGUAUUCACUCGAUGCUGGAUUCCUGUCAGCCAUUGAGGAGGAUCCCUUUGAGAACUUGAGCGAGACACAGGACCUGAUGCAGAACAAAUUGUCCAUUUCGUGCACAAAGCCUGAACUCGAACUCCUUCGCCGUCUGGCCGAGCUGAUUGGAACCCGUGCCGCGCGCCUAUCCGCCUGCGGUGUUGCUGCCAUCUGUAAGCACAAGGGUUGGGAGACGUGUCACGUUGGCGCCGACGGCUCAGUCUUCAAUAAGUACCCGCACUUCAAGAUACGCGGAGCGCAGGCUUUGAAGGAGAUCCUGGACUGGCCGGAGAAUAAGGGCAAGGGCAAGGGUGAUCCGGUUGAGAUUUUACCUGCUGAGGACGGUAGCGGUGUGGGUGCGGCAUUGAUUGCAGCACUGACCUUGAAGCGGGUGCAGCAAGGCCAGAACGCUGGUAUCAGGGAUCCGGAGGCUAUGAAGAAGGCUGCGGAGCUGGCCAGCAAGGCUAAGCCGUUGAAAUGA